AUAAUUUAUAAUAAUAGAAUUAUUGAAGUUCCAUCAUAAUUGUCAUAUGUCAGUUAUGUGUCAUUAACACAUUUUUACAAUCAAAUUCCAUUGUUUUGUUUUUCGUUAUUUAUUUGAAAUGGCUGGUGUGAGUAACGUACUCGAAUCGGUGCGUGAGGACGAUUUCGUCGAAUAUUACCUGUUCCCACCGAUCGAAACCGACGAUGAACAACAGCAAGAGAGCAUCUUGAGGGCCAUUCUGGACAAAGCGAACAAAACCAUUCAUAAAUACACCAAGAACUUCUUGUGGCACAAAGACGAGUUCAGGUUAACGACCAGGACGUCUAUAUCCAAUUACCUCACUGAAAUCGACGGGAAAAAAGAAAAUCUUCCGCCUCACUUAUACGGGGUGUCCCACUACGGUGACAACAUAGAGGACGAAUGGUUCAUGGUGUUCCUGCUGCUGCAGCUUUCCAAGGAAAUCAGCGAUUCGAUCGUAAGAGUAUACGAUGCCGAUGGGGAAUUCCUGCUCAUCGAAGCCGCAGAUUACCUACCUACCUGGGCGGAUCCUGGAACUUGCGAAAACAGAGUAUACAUGUACGGCGGAAACGUCCAUUUAAUACCCAGAGAAUCGACAAACUGUUCUAUAACAAUGUCGGAAGCUAUAAGGAAAAUACGCCAAGAUCCCGUUCAAACUGUAGCAUCUCCCGACAUUCAGAAUUCCAUUAGACUAAAACUCGUCGGUUAUCCAGACAAGCUGCAAGACAACAUCCACAAUGCAGUGGUGUACAUUCCUUCGGGCGUAGCUAAAGUAUUACACGCCAAACCCAAUCUGGUAUCGGCAGCGGUGCAGGCUUUCUGCAAUCGGGACUCCAUCGAUCUGAAAGCCUGCAGGGCUAUGAAAUACUUCCCGCCCGAAGGCAGGGUGAAACGAAGAGUGGCCUUCACGAAAUGCCUCUACGCCAUGUUGACCCACAGCAAAUACUUGCCCGAUAGGCGAACCGGAUGGAACUUGCCGCCCUGCAAUUCACCCGAAUACAAAUCCAACAUAUUAGGCGUGAAAUUGGCCUGCGGGUUCGAAAUUUUAGCGUCGCAGGCCAAGCCCAAAUCGGACGUGGAAACCGACAGAGGUUGGCAGAACUACCUCAACAGCCUAAAGGAAAAAGGCUACUUCCGGGAUUACUUGGAGCACUCGAUAAGCCACAACAAUCUACUUAACAAAGCUAAAGAGUAUUACGUGGAUCACAGGGACUCGAUGCACCAAAGCAACUCCUUGGGUAGGGAAAUAUUAGACUUGAGCAGGAACUCCGAUAUCGAAUUGGAAGACGAUAAGAAUCUAACGGACGACGAUGAUAGUUGGUUGAACAUCAGCCCGGAGGAGCUCGAUAAAAUGCUGCGCGAGAAAUACGGACAGAAGAAGAUAUUCAACGUGAACAACAACACCGACGCGUCGGCUUUCACCGAGAAAUUGUCCAGCUUUCUGAGCCACGUGUCCGACGUGGACGGGGCGGAGUUCCCCGAUGAGAAUCGAUCGCCGAUCAGACCGCCGAGGCGCAAGGACAAGACCAAAGUGUCGUUUUCCGGCGACGAGAAACCCGAAGAGACCGCCGUCAACAACAAAAUCAACUUCGAUCCGAACGCUUUCACGUGCGCUUUGCAAAACAUACUGAACUUCUCGAUACCGGAGGACGAUUCGUGGGAUUUGGAGUCCGAUUCGGACAUGAGCGAGUACGAGGACGAUAAUUACGUUAAAAACGAAAACUACCAGGAUCCGAAGGAUCGGAGCGAAUUGGAGAAGUACAUGGAAGAGAUGGAUAAGGAAUUGGCAAACACCACCAUAGGGAAGAGCUUCGAAAUGAAGAAGCCCGAGAAUUUCGAAGACAUCGAGAACUUCACUCCGGUCGACAUCAACGUUAACGCUUUGAAAUACAUACUGGAAAGUUACAAGAGCCAGUUGGGCGAGGCCGGACCAUCCAGCAACAUGUUGGGGCCCAUGGGGGUCCAUUUGAACGCCAAGGAGAACGGCGAUUUGGAUUAAAAACGAAACGAACAAACCAUUCAAACUUCAACAAAAACGUUUAUGCAUGUAUUAUUAAGUUUUAAAAAUAAUUGUAUAUCCUAUUCAAGUGUUCUUUUUGUAUCUGCCAUAUUAAGCACUAAUUUUAUUGUUUUGUAUUUCGUUAGUUGUAGGUUUUUGUAUUAAAUUUUGAAUUAUUUUGUACAGGGUAAUGGGUACAAAACUUGUUCAAAACAAAAAAUAUUGCUCCCAUUUCCCUGUAAAAAAAACUUACCAUUCUCCUAUAAUUACGCUAUUUAAAUAAUAUACGACUGUUUUUUAUAUACGCAAUAAUAUUUAGGAAAUCAGGGAUACGCUUGUUGAUUUGAUAAAAAAAAACCAUGUCCGUUGUUCAAAUUCCAUAUAAAAUUUAUCUGUAACCGCGAUUCUAGUCUCGUCGUUCGAUAAACGAACCGUUCAAUAAACACGAAAUUAACCGAUUAUUCAUGUUUACUUAUAUUAUAGACGAUAACAAACUGAAUCACAACGGUUUGAACCACUUGGGGGCGUUCUCGAUGGGUUUCCUUUGGUG